GGCCUCAUGGAACAAGCUCAACCUUCUCGUGUAGCAGUCAUAACUGGCGCCGCGCAAGGCAUUGGCCGGAGCAUCGCUCUGCGCCUGGCAGAAGACGGUCUCGACGUCGCUGUGAACGACCUCGCGUCGAAGAUAAACGAGCUGACGGAGGUCGUGUCGCAGAUACAAGCUCGCGGAGGGCGCGCUCUGGCUGUCCCUGGAGACGUGUCGCUCGAAGGCGACGUGGAAGCUAUGGUCGCCACAGUCGUGCAGUGCCUCGGCGGUCUGGAUGUGAUGGUCGCUAACGCGGGGAUCCUUGUCUCCCCUUUGAAGCCUUUGGUAGAGACUUCGUCAGAGAGCUGGGACGCGACUAUAUCCGUCAAUCUGCGAGGCGCGAUGCUGUGCUAUAAAUACGCAGCAAUGGAAAUGAUUAAGCAAGGAAGAGGUGGGCGUAUCAUAGGCGCAAGUUCAAUCUGUGGCAAGCAAGGAAUGUCAUGGCUAUCCGCGUACAGUGCUUCUAAGUUUGCUAUACGUGGUUUGACACACAGCGCAGCCGCAGAGUUAGCACAGCACAACAUCACUGUUAACACGUAUUCACCUGGCUGCAUAGAGACUACAAUGACUGCCAAUCCGGACGUGGAGAAGACUCUCAACCUCACCGCAGACACGCCUAGGGCCAAGCCCGAGGUGAUCGCAAGCUUAGUUUCUUAUCUCGUUAAACCAGAGGCCUACUUCAUUACUGGCCAGACAAUUAUGGCAAACGGAGGUUCUACUAUGGACUGACCGCUUCCUGAAAUGUACCCCAUGGAAGAGAAGUCAUCGUUCCAUGUGGCCUGUUGAGGUGUGUAUUGCAAGUCCCGCGUGCACAGUGUCAAUGCCAUAGAUGUUGCGAGGA